AUGGAUGAAAAGACUCUUUAUUCUCUGGACUCAGAGAAUGGUUCAAAGAGCAGUGGCAGCACUACUGAACCCAACUACUGCAUGGGGGACGACUGUAGGGUGACAAGUAACAAACACAAGAUCAGCAUAAAUUACUCAGAGCCACCCAGAAAAAGGCAGAGGGGUGCCAGCGAACCCCCUGAGGUGACAGUGGAGACUGCGACAGCCAGAGAGACCAAUGAAAAGUGGCAGAGAACUGGAAACUACGACACCAACGCUGGUGAACCUACCAAGGUGUCAGCGCAGGAAGUCAGAGAAGCCGAGAGGAAGAAAGAGGUCAGUGCUGAGCGGCCGCCAGCAACAGAGUCUCCCAGGACGAAGAGGUGGGAUAUCGACUGUGAAGUCUCCCCGAGCUCCUGCAGCCCUUCAACCUCCCGGCAGAACAAUGAGACGCCAUCCUGCUCCGUCAGGACCAGCAGAGAAAAAUUUGAGGCCAAGUACCUGCAGCUUCUCAAGCUCGGAGAAGGCGGCUUCGGAACGGUUUAUGCUGGAGAAAGAAAAACUGACAACUUACCAGUGGCGAUCAAACACAUCCCUAAAGCUGCUGUGCAGACUCGACCAGUGGUUUUAAAUGGAAAGACGCACAUGGUGCCAUUGGAGGUGCUUCUCAUGCUGAGAGUGGCAGGUGGACCGGGGUCACUGGGGAAACAUGCUGCCGUGUCAUUAUUAGACUGGUAUGAUCUGGGCCCGGAGGUCCUGCUUGUCAUGGAGAGACCAGUCCCUUGUGAGGACCUGCUGACCUACCUUGAAAACAACAAUGGUCUCCUGAGGGAAGACCAGGCAAAGAACAUCAUGAAGCAGCUGGUGGAAGCAGCAGUUAAGAUGCACUCUCUUGGAGUCUUCCAUCGGGACAUUAAAGCAGAAAAUGUCCUCGUUGAUUUAAGCUCGGAUGUCCCUCGUGUGAGAAUCAUAGACUUUGGAUGUGGCUGCUUGGUGAAGAAGAUACCGUACCGCUCCUUCUCUGGAACCGAUGCCUACAUCCCUCCAGAGUUUUACCGGCUUGGCACAUAUGAGGCGGGCCCCAGCACAGUCUGGCAGCUGGGCGCUCUGCUCUAUGAACUGGUGGACAGCUACAAAAAUUUCACCACCUUGGAGUUCCUUCACAAGAAAAUUACCAUAAACACUGAGCUGUCCAAAGACUGCCAGGACUUGUUGGAUGUGUGUUUGGCUGUGAACCCUCAGGAGCGCGGCACUCUGGAGCAGAUUCUGCUGCACCCCUGGUUCUCCUAAUCCUGCACAACCGACCACCCAUUGGGCUGAGCCAACUGACUCCAAUGAACUCCAUCCUUUGGUAAACAUAGGCCUACAAUA